UCGAAGUCCCGCCCCUCCACGUGGCUAAUAGCUGAUUGGCUGUAAGGCUGUCCCCUUGAUUGGCCGCGGCUGCUGUCAGUCACAGUCGGUGCAGGAUCUGGGUUGUACUUGUCCAGGAUUAUCUUGUGACAGUCACUGAAUGGCUGAGCGGGCUGUCACUGCAGAGGAAAGCUUAUCUCAGAAGAAGGAAGUUUCUGGAGUUGUGGGGGACCGGAAGUAGGGACUCUACCAUCUCAGGAACUACUCACCUGACCAUAUUGAUUUCACGCAGGUUACGUCAAUACUAUCUACGAUUUGCCAUUACAGUUACGGUUGUUGGAACGUGAUAAGAGGUGUGCUGUCACAGGUCCGUUGAAGCGCAGCAAAGCAUGAAACAGCUGUAACCCAUUCUGCAGAUACACACUGGCGACCAUGACAUGGGAAGUGUUUGUUCCUGCACAAAUCGUAAAUAAAGAAAUAAGCAAGAUUCUUUUGGGAAUGGUCUGCUCAUGGCAUGGUUCCUGCAGGCCCAGAGUCACAGGCCAUGGAUUCUAGCGGACACAGCGGACCUUAUACAAAGCUAAGGAUGAGUGAGAAACAAAAAUGUGACGGUAAUGGUGUCGGCCCAUACAGAUAGGUGUCGGCCCUUACAGACCCCCUUGAAAAUGGAGGAAGGAGUGAGAGAGUUGAUGGAGUUGACGAACUUUGAUUAUGAUGAAUCCCAGCUGCUGGACACUGAUAUGGAUUAUGAGCGUCCCAAUGUUGAGACGAUAAAAUGUGUGGUGGUUGGAGACAACGCCGUCGGGAAAACUCGCCUGAUCUGUGCACGGGCAUGUAAUGCCACCUUGACUCAAUACCAGCUUCUUGCCACACAUGUGCCAACUGUCUGGGCCAUAGAUCAGUACCGUGUGUGCCAAGAGGUGUUGGAGCGCUCCCGUGAUGUCGUAGAUGAUGUCAGUGUCUCAUUGAGGCUUUGGGACACUUUUGGAGACCACCAUAAAGACAGACGAUUUGCUUAUGGAAGGUCAGAUGUGGUUGUUCUCUGUUUUUCCAUUGCCAACCCUAACUCCCUGCAGCAUGUCCAAACUAUGUGGUACCCGGAGAUAAAGCACUUCUGCCCCAGAGCACCUGUCAUUCUGGUUGGAUGCCAAUUGGACCUUCGCUAUGCCGAUAUAGAAGCAGUGAACCGUGCCCGACGCCCCCUGGCCAGGCCAAUUCGUCCCCAGGAAAUUCUUCCACCUGAGAAAGGUCGGGAAGUAGCCAAAGAACUUGGCAUUCCGUAUUAUGAAACCAGCGUGGUGGCACAAUGUGGCAUCAAGGAAGUUUUUGAUAAUGCAAUCCGCUCAGCGCUCAUAUCUCGUCGCCACUUACAGUUUUGGAAGUCACACCUGAAAAGUGUACGCAAACCUCUCCCACAAGCCCCUUUCCUUCCUCCUCGGCCCCCUCCGCCUGUUAUCAUAGUGCCUGAUCCCCCUGCUCAGAGUGAAGAUCAUCCUGGACACCUUUUAGAGGAGGCAUCCUGUGCUGAUGUGGUGCUGGUGGUCCAAGAAAGGAUUCGUAUCUAUGCGCACCGCAUCUACCUCUCCACUGCUUCCUCCAAAUUCUGUGACCUUUUCCUAAUGGAAGACGGAGAUCCCCCAUCUCAAGCCAGGGAUCCCCUUUUACGUGCCUCUAGCUUUGAUGCUUGUGAGGGUUCUGGGGAAACGGAGGGAGGAGGAAUGAGAACCUCAGCCAGUGAUGGUACUUUGGGAAGGGAAGGAGAUAGAGAUUUGUCAGGGUGGAGCAGGGCUUUUGAGAGCAUACGGAGUGGAGUUCUGGAGGAGCUGCCUGGUUACAGGGCCAGAAGGGUAACGGUGGUAAAAAUGGACAGCUCAGUAAGGCCCGGGCCAUUCAGGGCUGUGCUGAAAUAUUUGUACACUGGACGACUAGAUGAAAGAGAGCCUGAGCUGAUGGAGGUGGCCCACAUUGCUGAGCUUUUGGAGGUCUUUGACCUGCGUAUGAUGGUGGCAAAUAUCCUGAAUCGAGAAGCCUUCAUGAACCAAGAGAUCACUAGAGCUUUCCAUGUCAGAAGGAGCAACCGCAUCAAGGAAUGUCUAACAAAAGGGUUCUUCUCUGAUGUCACUUUUGUAUUGGACGAUGGCAGCAUAAAGGCCCAUAAACCACUGCUCAUCUCCGGAUGCGACUGGAUGGCAGCCAUGUUUGGGGGUCCCUUUUUGGAAAGCAGCACUUCUGAGGUAGUUCUUCCGUACACCUCUAGAGGCAGUAUGCGUGCAGUGCUUGAGUAUUUGUACACUGGACAGUUCACUGCAGGACCUGAUCUUGACCCUUUGGAUCUCAUCAUACUGGCCAACAGGCUGUGCCUGCCACAUCUGGUGGCAAUGACAGAGAAACACACCGUGUCGGUCAUGAUGGAUGCCUCUAUGAAAAAUAAUGAUAUUGAUGGUGAAGCACUUAUGUUACUGGAAGCUGCUCAGUUUCAUGGUGCACAGCAGCUGGCAGCCUGGUGCUUACAUCACAUCUCUACCAAUUAUAAUCGCGUGUGCAGGAAAUUCCCGCGGGACAUCAAGCUGGUGUCACCAGAGAACCAGCAGAUCCUGGAGGCACAGCGUUGGCCCCCCGUCUGGUACCUGAAGGAAGAAGACCAUUUCCAAAGAGCGCAGAGAGAACGAGAGAAAGAGACUGCCCUACAUCAGAAGAGACAGCCCAAGAGACGCUGGUUAUUCUGGAACAGCUCCAGCACAGGCUCUCCGGCAUCUUCUACAACCUCUUCGUCUGCAGUGGGCUAAGACCUGGUACCACAUCUGCAUAAUGUCCCUCCGGCAGCUAUGAGUGCAUGCAAGGAUAUGAGAGUCUGUGUGUGUCUUGUGUUUGUCUGUCUCCGAGUGAAUGUGCACUACUGUUUUGCCUACUAUGUACUGAAUUGUAUUAAAUGACAAAUCAUAUCUAGAUUUUGGCACAACAAGCCACUGUCUAAAGGUAACAACCGCCUCAGCAAUGCAACCUCCAAAAAUGUUUUCCCAGGAACUUUUUACCACUGCGCAUACAAUUCUUUGAUAUGUUGAAAUCUCCUUGGUUUGAGGGAAGCCAGGUCUCUCUUGCUGGUGGCAUCUGGUACUAUCAAAGGAACACUAUCACUGACAGUUGUCAUUCAGUUCAGAUCUUGGGGCAUUGUUUAAAUAUUAUUUCCGGAAUAUAAUAGUAUUAGUAGAAUCCGUUUCUGUAAAGGGUUUGGCUUAUCAGAGACAAGCCCUUUAAAAAGUACCUAUCACCAAAUAAACUUCUCUAAACUAACUCAGGCUAUGUUCCCUAACUACUCCUAACACCCCUCCAGCCCUUGAAAAAAAAACUCAGAGCUUUAAAAAGCUGUGUAUCUUACCUUUCUUCUUGCUCGCAUAGUGCAAUUUCCCAGCAGGAGAAAGUGGGCGUUUCCCAGUAGGCAUGGCAUCACUGAAGCCUGCUGGGGGACCACUUCCGCCCCCACAUUGUUGCCGCUCUGUGAUGAAUAGAAGACCUAAAGCUCUGUGCAUGUUUCAGUCUGUGUUGCUAUCAGUGAGGCUCUCCUGCAGGUUUCAGUCUGUGCAGCUUUCUGUGAGAAUCUGUGGAGCUUUCACUUUCUGUGUAGCUGUCAAUCAAGCUCCGUGCAGAGAAGCACUUCCUGGGAGUUUGGUCUCCUGCCAGGCCGGGAGGAGACCGAACUCACUGUAUUAAAUGUGUCAGGGAACAGAAGAGAGCCACCUAGUGGCCGUUUUUUUAUAUUACAUUUUAAAAGCAAGUGAAUGGGAAAGUGUCUGCUAAUUACACAAGGAACAUUAUAUUAAAAGUUUUAUUUGGUGACAGGUACUCUUUAAAAAUGAUCAGCUAGUCAUCCAUAGGUCCCACUGCCAGCAAUCCAAGCAGCGUUGACCAGGAAAGCUGAGGUCAGCCAAGCAUUACCGUUGCAAGGGAAAAUUAGUAUCACAUGAUGACCAUUCAGAUGAAUGGCUGUCGGGGAUAAUACAAGGACAGCUUGAGUCUGCCAGAAUUGGAAGCACUUGUAUAGAGGUCUCUCCAUUUUGGCUCGGAGAGCUAAAAAUCCCUUAUAUGAUUUCCUUGUGCCCUCACAGGGGGAAGGAUUGUCUUUGUGAUACCAGCCCUUGGACAUGGAACUAUCUAUAUGUAGCGUAGCUGGGAAUUUUAUAUUCCCAGCCAUCACUUUUACAGCAGAUACCGACUGUAAUACGGAAGCCUUGCUGCAGGUCCAUGAUGGAUCACCAUCCAUAUAUCCUUCCAGGUAGAUCUCCAUUUUGGGUUCUGUUCAUAUCUUCACAGUAGCACAUUACAGAUGAGCUUAUAACCUAGGAAGAGAAUAUUACGUCUGGUUGACAAGGUCUGUAUAAUACAUAACCAUGCGGUUAAUCUUUAAUAUUGCUAAUAUGGAAGUCCACUCUCAGGAAGAAUGUUGUCUGGUAAUAGCAUCAAUCGUAAGGUGGCCAUACGCGGUGCAAUUUUUUUAUUUAUUUUUGGCAGAGGUGACAAUAGGGGUCAGGAUGAUGCAGUAUAUUAUGAGUUUCAAGCGCCCGAUAUUGCUCUGAAAUUUUCCGCUUUACUGUAAAGGUUUGUCAUCUUUGGACACCAUUUUUUCCCCUGCAUUUUAAGACUGCCUAAUCCAGUGUUUUCCAACCAGGGUGCCUCCAGCUGUUAAAAGACUACAACUCCCAGCAUGCCCGGACAGCCGUUGGCUGUCCGGGCAUGCUGGAAGUUGUAGUUUUGCAACAGCCGAAGGGAACCCGAUUGGGAAACAAAGGCCUCGUCUACUUUAAACCAACUAUUAAAUGGUGUACUUUGCGCCAAAAUUUUUGUGGCAAUUUUUGGCAAACGUCACACACAAGCCACAUCCCAUUGACAGCUUAACCACACCUAAGCCAUAUACCCUGUCAUGUAAGACACAAACAUGUCUUUAAAGGGGUUGUGCAGUGAAAAUUUUUAUUCAACCUAUGUACCCAUAAUGAAGCAAAAAAAGCUUCUACUUCAUUCCCUUGUAGCCUCCAGUAUCGGGACUCGGUCUCUGCUGCUUCAGCACUUCAUGAAGCUGCAGACGCCACGUGACACCGACACUCAGGCAUUUACGGACUGUGACAGGGCAUCGCUGCGGCCUUUGACUGGUUGAGCACAAAAGUGAGGUGAUGUCCUCAGCUCCAUGAAGUGUUGCCGUGAUUGAGACCGGGUGCUUAUACCUGGGGCUACGAGGGAACAAAGAAGGGUGAGUAUACCCUUUUUUGUUUUAUUCUGCAGCCUGUGCAUUAAAAGAGUACUGCAGUCUUAGACACUUAUCCUGUAUCUGCUGGGACCCCCCGUUAUCUCCUGUAGGGGGACCUGGCAUUACCACGCCCCCUCCAUACAGCUCUAUGGGAGAGGCGGGGAUGCACGACCGCUGCAUCUCUGCUUCUCCCAUAGAGAUACAUGGAGGGGGUCUGUUGGCUGCAGCGUUACACUGUCCUGCGGAUAGGGAAUGCAUGUCUAGGGCUGUAGAUCUCCUUUAAGGCUAAUAAAAUUUUUUACUGACACAUAAUAAAUGUGGCGCAAACCAGUAAGGGCUGGUUCACAUCAUGUUUUCUCCCAUACAGGAGCGCAUACGGCAGGGGGGGAGCUAAAACCUCGCGCUCCCGUA